AUCGGAAAGAGUAGCUGGUAUGAAACGUGGUUGUCCUUGCUAACCUGUUCUCCUGUGCCGUGUUUUAACAGUGGAACGUUGGAACGAUCCACUGGUAGUUGCCUGGUUUAACAGUAUGGAGCUGUUGAAUGUACCGCUGGGCUUGGGUGUAGUAGCAGGACUGGGUUGUGGAGUCUUCCUCGGGUGGCACCUGCGGGGCCGGUUUGGCUCUGCAUCCAAGAGUCUGAUGACAGCGAUGGGCAACAGCAGUGAAGCAAGUGUGAUAGGAGAAGGAGGCGAGUUUAAGAUGAUUCUGGUGGUCCGAAAUGAUCUGAAGAUGGGGAAAGGGAAGGUCGCUGCUCAGUGUUCCCAUGCUGCCGUAUCAGCUUACAGGCAGGUUCAGCGCAGGAACCCUGAGCUUCUUAAACAGUGGGAGUACUGCGGCCAGCCCAAGGUGGUGGUGAAGGCCCCAGAUGAGGACACCAUGAUUGAUCUGCUGGGUCAUGCCAAAGAAAUGGGCCUCACUGUCAGCCUCAUUCAAGAUGCAGGGAGGACACAAAUUGCACCCGGGUCACGCACGGUGCUGGGUAUCGGUCCAGGCCCGGCGGAUCUGAUUGACAGCGUCACAGGAGAUUUAAAGCUUUAUUGAAGUUUCUGCUGUAGAACAAUGCUUUUUUUCUACACUGUUAAAACUGUUUGCAAUGUAAACUAAGCUGAGAUAUGAGUUAUUUUUAUAUAACAGCUGUCUCAGUGCAGAAAUCAGUUUAAUACUGUUCAGCAGUAAUUACAAAUGUGGGUAAAUUGUUUUCUACUAUGAUCAACAACUGUGUCACAAUUAGUUUCACUUAUCUGUGAGCAAAGUGAUUUAACAGA